UCAACAUCAAUAUGGCGGUUUAGCAAAACAAAUCGUGCGUGUGUGUGCAGGAAAAGUGAAAGAGUUUUAUGAAUUAAGGGAAAACUGCGUGUAAUAGCAUCUGUUUCGUCGCUGGAUGAAUCCAUUUCCGCUCCAAGGCGUCUGCUUAGCAAUUGGUGGCCGGCAGUGGUAAAGAUACCGAUCUUCCCAAACUUUCUCGCGUGCACCUACCAUCUCAAGUUCCACCACGUUGAAAAGAAGAAGAGGAAGAAGCGGCCAAUAUUACGUGAUAACACACACACCGUUUUGGUAGCGAGCGAGCGAGCGAGGAACGUUAAGGUCCAACUUGUACCGUGCGGGCGGCCACCGGAAUCGCUUCACACCGAACAGCCGCGGCACACGAAACAGGUCCCGAGAACACCCGGAAACCUGCAGAGUGUGGCUCCCCUUCCCACUGGAGCACUGAAGAAGAAACAUCACGAAGAUUCCUGCGGCAGGAAGGCGAGCAAAAGGAAGGAAAGCGAGCCAGCGGCGAAUCGGCACCAGUAUUUUACAUCGCUACAUCCCUGCAAGUAUUGGGCCCACUGAACGGAGCGAGCCAAGUAGUAGUAGUAGUAGUACGUCGUAUGCUGCGUAGCAGAGCAAUUGAUCACUGACGUACCGAAUUGAACCACCGAACGUUCCUAAAGAUCACAAUCAGCCCGUUUGUUUUCAAAAUUAAAAGCCCGUAGAGAACGGUACCGUGUUCGGCGUUCUCUUCACGGUGGGAAGGUGGACAAAAACUGUCCUUUAGCUGUGCAUCUUGCUGCCUGCCUACCGGUUUGGAUGGUACAACCGUCGCUGUGCUGUUUGUGCGCGGAAAAGUCUAUCUAAGACGAUUAAGCCGCAGCAGGGAUCGGAGCUGGAGCUUGGCGAAGGAGAAUGUUGACCAUCUAACGAUAAGCGAGAUAAAUCAACACGCGUUCAUCGUGCGCUACAAUCACCUUCCCAAACGCCUGCGACAAACACGCAUUACCGGCGGAACCUACUUGCAAAGACCGGGGUCAGCAGACGGAAAGAGAGAGAGAGAGAGAUAGAGAGAGAUAGAGCCGACCCGCCCGCUUGCAGUAUAUGUGAUGAAUUCGGACGAAUAUGAGCAGCUGCCGACGUCGAGCGUGCCGGCCAUCAUGACGGCCGGUGCGAUAGCGGGCGUGAUGGAGCACUGCGUCAUGUACCCGCUCGACUCGGUGAAGACGCGCAUGCAGUCGCUCACACACAUGCAGGCGCACGACACAAUCACGUCCACGCUGCGCGACAUGAUCCGGCACGAGGGCGUGAUGCGCCCGUUCCGCGGCGUGAUGGCGGUGGUGGCCGGGGCCGGCCCUGCCCACGCCCUCUACUUCGGUGCGUACGAGUGCUCGAAGGAGCUGAUCGCGACCGUCUCCGAUCGGGACCAUCUGAACUACAUGCUGUCGGCGACGGCGGCCACACUCGUGCACGACGCGGUCUCGAACCCGGCGGACGUGGUGAAGCAGCGGCUACAGAUGUACAACUCGCCGUACAGGUCGAUCAUGCACUGCGCCACCCAGGUGUACCGGACGGAGGGUUGGCGAGCGUUCUAUCGCUCCUACUCGACGCAGCUCGUGAUGAACAUACCGUACUCGGCGAUCCAGUUCCCCACGUACGAGUUCUUCCAGAAGCUGCUCAACAAAGACAAUAAGUACAACCCGCCCGUCCACAUGGUGGCGGGUGGGGUGGCCGGUGCGGCCGCCUCCGCCCUGACCACGCCGCUCGACGUGUGCAAGACGCUGCUGAACACGCAGGAGGACGGGGCGGGCAAGACGCGCGGCCUUGGGGAGGCGGCGAAGAAGAUCUACCGUACCGCGGGCGUGAUGGGCUUCUUCAAGGGUAUGCAGGCGCGCGUCCUCUACCAGAUGCCGGCGACCGCCAUCUGCUGGUCGACGUACGAGUUCUUCAAGUACAUACUGUCGCGCGUCAAGAAACCGGUCGGCGGUGGAUCGACAGGAGCGACGGCUGCGGCGGCGGUGGUGGUGGGUGGAGGCAAUGGUGACCUGCGGUACAUGAUACCGGCGAGCGCUGCCGUCAGUGCGGAGGCGGCCUCACCGGCUGCCGGUUGCAGCGCCGUCAACAGUGCCAGCCUGCUGAUCCGAAGUCCGGAGCGUGAAAGCAGCGGUGCUGGGGGUAGUGGCAGUGUGGCCGGAGCGGACAGCAGCAAGGGAGGGAGCACGGCGGCCGGGUUGAUCCCGCGCGGUGGCCCCGAACUGCCGGCCAUGUCCGGUGCCGGCAUCUACGGUGCGAUGAGCUACAACACGAUGCACUCGAAUGAUACAAACCACCUAACCGACGUCCGAAGGACGAACUAGAGCGCCUGGCAAAACGACGGGGAGGAAGGAGGGAGAAGGGGGGAGGAGGUGUUGUGUGGAGCGAGUGAAUGACUCCCUUUUUUCCAUACCUGCCUCCCCCACCCCGGGUUUAGAUGGGGCAAACCGACGACGACCCGGCACUCGAAGUGCGCGGAACAUGUACGGUGUGUUGAUAAGUUAAUAAUAUUGUUGGUUUAGCGUUUACUAGGUGAAGCAAGCAGAAAAAGAGAGAGGGAGAGAGAGAGUGAAAGAAAAAACCGAACACACACAUACACACACACAGCAAGUCACGACGAUCACGGCGGAAAUUCUAGGAGAAAGGCAAAAACGGCAACGUAUAGAUAGCGAGUUAAUAUCAGCAUCUGACGGUGGCAAAGGCAAAAAAGUGAGCUGUUUGUCCGUGCGUUUGUGUGCAUGUGUGUGUGUGUGUGUGUGAGAGAGAGAGAGAGA